AUGCCGCGCGCUUUAACUCUUGAUGCGGGUGAAGGCGGCCGUCCAGGCAAAGUCUACUACCCUCUCCAGGUCAAACAGGUCCCAAGGCCAAAACCAGGCUCGAAUGAGGUCCUCGUCCGAAUCAAGGCCGCGGCCCUCAACCACCGCGACCUAUGGGCUCGCCGGCACCUGUACCCCGGGCUGUCCCUCGAGAACCCGCUGCUGGCCGACGGCGCCGGCGUCGUCGUCGAGCUCGGACCCGACGUCAAGCGCACCUCCCUACUCAACCAAGCCGUCAUCUUGACCCCCAUGCGCGGCUGGGAGGCCGACCCCGUCGCGCCCGAGGACCCGCACCGGUUCGCCGUCAUCGGCGCCUCGCUACUCUGCGACGCCGGCACCGGGCAGGACUACCUGGCCGUGCCCGAGGACGAGGUCGAGCCCGCGCCGGCACACCUGACCCCGGCCGAGUGCGCCGCGCUGCCCCUGUGCGGGCUGACCGGGUGGCGCGCGCUCGUCUCCAAGGCCGGCGUGACCGGGCCGGGCAAGAACGUGCUGGUCACGGGCGUGGGCGGCGGCGUGGCCCUGCAGGUGCUGCAGUUCGCGGUGGCGCUGGGCAGCGCCGUCUACGUGACCUCGGGCGACCGGGGCAAGAUUGACAGGGCCGUGGCGAUGGGCGCCCGCGGAGGCGUGAGCUACAGGGAGGCAGGCUGGGCGGCGGGGCUGCUGGAGAUGCUCCCGGAGGACCGCCCGUGGGUGGACGCGGUGGUGGACGGCGCGGGUGGGAACUUGAUCGCGGAGGUGGCGCCGAUCAUGCGCCCCGGCGGCGUCAUCGCGCAGUACGGCAUGACGGCGGGUAACAAGAUGGACUGGCAGAUGCGGGCGGUGCUGGCCAACCUUGAGCUCAAGGGCUCGACCAUGGGCUCAAGGAGAGAGUUUCGCGACAUGGUGGCUUUUGUGGCCAAACACAAGAUCAAGCCGGUCGUCAGCAGGGCCGUCAAAGGGCUGAGUGAUCUUGAAGCUAUCGAGUCACUGUUCGUCGACAUGCAGCACGGUCGACAGUUUGGGAAGCUCGUCAUUGAAAUAGACGAGGAGGAUCAAGCCAAGCUGUAG